GAAGAGGUCCGUAGUUAGGCUUCAAGAAGCAACUCUAAAGUAGCCAGCUUAGCUUUCCAAUUCCUUCAAGCUCAAGGCUUCUCAAAACAAGCUCUCAGAUCUCUCUCGACUGGACCCCUUUUCUCUUUUACCCAAAAAAAGCAUGGUCGGACCAUCACUUGACACCACCAAGCUCCAUCUCAAACCCCCCUCAUCUGCCACCCCCACCAUCAAAUUCCUCUGCAGUUACGGUGGCAAGAUCAUCCCCCGUUUCCCAGAUGGCAAACUCCGUUACCAAGGUGGCGAAACCCGUGUCCUCGGUGUCGAACGUUCCAUCUCCUUUGCUGAGUUAUCGUUGAAGCUUGGAGAGUUACGUGGGACAUCGGUGAAUCUCCGUUGUCAGUUGCCAAAAGAAGAUCUAGAUGCUCUGGUAUCGAUCACCUCCGGUGAGGAUCUAGCUAAUCUCAUCGAGGAAUACGAUCGAGCAGCUGGAGCAGCAACACCAACUGCAUCUUUAAAGAUCAGAGCUUUCCUUUCGCUCCCGAAAAAAAUCUCUUCUUCCUCUUCCAAAUCCUCCUCCUCCUCCUCCUCCUCCUCCUCUUAUAGUUAUGGAGGAGCCACUAUUGCUUCAACUUCUACCGCUCCGUGGUGCUACCAUCAUCAGAUCUCGAAGCCGGUAGCGUUUUCUGUAAGGAAGACUCCGCCUGCUCCACAUCAAUAUGAAUAUGGUUACCAUGCUCAUGGAAAUCCUAGCCAUGUCUACCUUGUUCACAACGGGAAUCAUUGGCAAUUACAGCAGACCCAACUGAGCUGAGACCGGACAUAUAUAUUUGGCUUAUAUAAAUAGGAAAGAAAAAAAUAUAUAUAACUAAAGAAAAAAACAUGGAAAAGGGAAGAAUAUUCGAGCUGGCAGUAGCUAAUACGAGAUAUAUGUACUUGGGGACUGUAAAUCGUUACGAAGGGAUUGUUUUUUUUUUUGGUCCGUGAAAAUUAAUGAAUUUCCAGUCCAAUAUGGGAUGGAGAGUUUUGGAUUA